AUGUCCUACAACCUUGCCGACAUCAAGUACAUCAGUGCCCCCACCCUAAGACUGUGGUUUGACCAGGGGCUGCCCAACGGCUCCUUUGCCGUUGUCGACGUGCGGGAUCUGGACUAUGUCGGCGGCCACAUACGCGGCUGCUUGCACUACCCGGCGGCUGAGUUCGAGGCCCGGUUGCCCGAGCUCCAGCAGGAGCUCUUGGACAGAGGCGUUACUGACGUCGUCUUCCACUGUGCCCUCAGCCAGGUGCGGGGGCCGCUGUGUACGUUGAAGUUUUUGCGGGCUAAUGCCGCUAGCUCCGACGACCGUCUCAAAGUGUUGCGUGUUUUCGUGCUUAAAGGCGGUUUCACUCGGUGGCAGCAAGAGUACGGUGAAGACGAAGCCGUCACUGAAGACUACGACAAGCAGAUAUGGCUCGCCGACUUUUGA